UCUUCUUUAUGUUGUCUUAACUUCUUUUGUUUUCUGCUAUGGAAGACGAGCCAUUUCUUCUCACUACUACCACUUCCCAACCCAUCACCGAUUUUCUUCUUCCUUCUUCCAAGUCCUUCAACGACGUCACCACCACCACACGCGCGCGUGACGUCGCCGCCCAGGAGAUUCAAUCCGAACAACAACAACCUCCCAAGAAGAAAAAACUGAGUCGCUGCAAGACAGCACCUGCGAUGGUGACCAUGCGAGACCUCAAACCUAAGACACCCCAACUCCCCAAACCUCAAACCAGUUCCAUUAUACGACAAGGCAUUUGGUUACUCGCCAUGUACCUCUCCAUAGGAGUCGCCAUAUACUCCUUCAACAGGGACCGUUUUUCCGGCAUCGAAACACACCCCGUCGUCGACGCCCUUUACUUUUGCAUAGUCACCAUGUGCACCAUAGGUUACGGAGACAUAGCGCCGUUAACCCCAUUCACCAAAAUCUUUGCUUGCGCUUUUGUCUUGGUGGGGUUUGGGUUCAUAGACAUACUCCUCAGCGGGCUUGUUAACUUCGUUCUGGAUUUGCAAGAGAACAUGAUCCUCACGGGGCUACAAAUGGGUGCGAGUGAUCAAAGGGAAGGUUUUUCUGCUAGGAAUUACAUCGUUGACGUGGCGAAGGGGAGGAUGAGGAUCAGGUUGAAGGUUGGUUUGGCGCUUGGGGUUGUGGUGCUGUGUAUUGGGAUUGGGGGUUUGGUUUUGUACUUUGUUGAAGGGUUGGAUUGGGUUGAUUCUAUUUACUUGUCGGUUAUGUCUGUCACAACGGUUGGGUAUGGGGACCGAGCUUUUAAGACUCUUCCUGGUCGGUUAUUUGCAGCUAUUUGGUUGCUAUUUUCUACUCUCAUGGUGGCUCGGGCUUUUCUCUAUUUGGCUGAGGCUAGAAUCGAUAGAAGGCAUCGGAGAAUGGCUAAGAAGGUUUUGCAUAGGGAAAUUACAGUUGAGGAUUUGCUUGCUGCUGAUAUCAACAACACUGGUUUCAUCAGCAAGUCAGAGUAUGUAAUCUUCAAGCUGAAAGAGAUGGGUAAAAUACAGGAAAAAGAUGUUUUGCAAAUUUGUGAUCAAUUCAGGAAGCUAGACCCCUCUAACUGUGGGAAGAUAACACUACCUAAUCUAUUGGGGGGGAGUUUAUGACAGAGUAGGAUACAUAAUUGUUUCAGUACAGAAGCUUGCAAGUGGCAAAGCAUUUUUUUUUUUUUUGCAAAAGGAAGAACCAGGGAAGAUAAUCCUCCCCUGCAAAAAUUGUUGAUAAAUACUAUUUUUUUUUCUUAGGGGUGAUAGUAAUUGAAUUAUUUGGAGCAAUAUUUUGUACAGAAAUUACAUCGAUUAUAGAGGAGGAUAGAGGCAUUAUUUCAUUUUGUCUCGCCGUUCAACUGGUUA